CAGAAUACUCCAGACAAUGUCAAUUUCCAAUAUGGCUGCGCCCAUUAGGCAGUGUUUUUUGACUUUCUGUAGAGGUUCAACAAAUAAGAUUUUAAGGCAUUCAUUGCAAAAUAAACACAAUGAUUUCUGCCUCAGAAGACUUCUCAGUACUAGGGAACUGAAAAAGUUUUACAAGAACGCAACAGUAUCUCAGUACGAAGGAUGGUUUGAAAUCAACUUGGAUCAGAGAAAAUUACGCACACCAGGAGGGAAUCUUUUCCGAGUACCGAAUGAAGAGCUUGCUUUAGCUGUUGCCACAGAAUGGAAUGGACAAAAGAAAGUUGUACAGAGACAUAGCAUGCAUUUGACAUCGCUAUGCAACACAGCUCUAGACAACCCGAUGCAUAAAUCUCGUGAUGAUCUGAUCAGAGGUAUCAUUCACUUCUUGGAAACAGACACAGUCAGUUACAGAGUGACAGAACCUGAGGCAUUGUAUGCUUUACAGAAUAAAGAAUGGGAUCCAGUUAUACAAUGGGUAGAAAAUAGGUAUGAGAUAGAGGUACCAGUAGCCGAAAGUAUUAUGUCCAGUCCAGACCUUGCUCCUGACACAGUACACAAGUUGACACGACAUAUGCAGUCACAGAAUGACUGGGCUCUUUUCGGUUACAGUUAUGCUACAGAAGCAAUUAAGUCUUUAGUGUUAGUGCUUGCCCUGAUGGACAAAUGUAUAUCAGUAGAACGGUGUGUUGAAUUGUCCAGGCUGGAACAAGAUUUUCAGAUUGAGAAAUGGGGUAAUGUAGAAUGGUACCAUGAUAUCGAUAUUCUAGAACUGAGAGGCAGACUGGCAGCAUCGGCAUUGUUCGUCCACUGGUCAAAUGAAACUGCAUCUAAAAGAAGCCAUGCAAAAUUAACUUCUAAAUUGUUCUGAAUAAAUAUUUAUAUGUCC